UUGGCUUCCCCCACUCCCUAGAGUAGACCGAGAAGGCGGCACCAUGGCUGCGCCCCCGCCCGCGCCCCCGCCGCGCCCCGUCACCCACCUCAUCUUUGACAUGGACGGCCUUCUUCUGGAUACUGAACGGCUGUAUUCAGUGGUGUUUCAAGAGAUAUGUGGCCGCUACGGGAAGAACUACAGCUGGGACGUGAAGUCCCUGGUUAUGGGUAAGAAGACGCUGGAGGCUGCGCAGAUCAUCAUAGACGUCUUGCAGCUCCCCAUGUCCAAGGAGGAACUGGUGGAAGAAAGCCAAGACAGGUUAAAGGACCUGUUCCCCACGGCCGCGCUCCUGCCAGGGGUUGAAAAACUCAUCCGCCACCUGCAAAAACACAACAUACCCUUUGCCGUCGCCACCAGCUCCGCAUCUGCGUCGUUCGAAAUGAAGACAAGCAGACACAAGGAAUUCUUUGGUCUGUUCUGUCACAUCGUUUUGGGCGACGACCCAGAAGUGAAGAGCGGGAAGCCGGAGCCCGACAUAUUCCUGGCCUGUGCCAAGAGGUUCUCCCCGCCUCCUCCCGUGGAGCAGUGCCUUGUCUUUGAGGAUGCUCCCAACGGCGUGGAGGCGGCCCUGGCAGCCGGGAUGCAGGUGGUUAUGGUUCCAGACAGACACCUGAGCCGGGACCUGACGGCAAAGGCCACGCUGGUGCUGGACUCCCUGCAGGACUUCCGGCCCGAGCUGUUCGGGCUGCCCCCCUACGAGUGAGGGAGGCCGUGUCCUGCGCUCCCAGCCCACGCCGGGGCCACGCGGCUGGGCAGGCGACAGCACCCAGACCACAACCUGCCUAUUGAUCCUGGCCUUCUGAAAUUUGCCUUUUCUUCCUCUUGGCUUGGCCCAAUCCGUAAAGUGUCGAUUAAACAUGGCUUGGCAGUUGAGAGAAAACAGAGUAGAGACAGCCUAGAACAAAGGUGAAACUUGAAUUCCCAUCUAAACAAUCAAGCUGCUGUAGUAUGGGAUAAAGCAGAUAGACAUUCUUGUGCACGUAUUACCAAUGUGCUAACAUGCAUGUGGGCGUUAUAUAUAUGUGAAGGUAUAUAUAUGCAUGCAUGUAUGUGUAAAAUGUAUACCUCUCCAAGACAAAAUAAGUUAUAUUUGUGUUCAUUUUAUUUUAGUUUCUCUGAACACUUGACUGGGAAAUGUAAACUAUGUAUACAUAUAUGUAUAUGUUUUUGUGUAUGUAUGUGUGUACAUAUAUGUUAUCUUUUUAUAUAUAGUACACUGUUUUAUUCUCCUCUGUAUUGAUAAUUAACAUGCAGGAACAACUGACUAAGUGAGAUGUUAAUUCUGUCUGGUUUGUAAUCUGAGUGGGAAAGCCAUGUUUUUGAUGGAUAUUAAGAAGUAAUUCUCCUUAUUAGCUACUAUUAAAAUUAUUUUUGUGACCUCAACAUA